AUGAAAAACCAUCAUCUGAAAUUGCCGCUCAUCAUCGGAGUUGCUGGCGGCACUUCUUGUGGAAAGGUAGGUGUUUUUUUUUUAAAUUUCGAUAACCAUGAGCAAUCUUUCGAUGGAAGCAAGUCAUUUCCCAUUUCAGACGACAAUCGUUGAGAGAAUCAUCGAGAAUCUGGAUGCGAAUGCUAAACAGAGCGGAAGAGUAAGAACCAUUUUCAACUCGCAAUCUUUCUGCAUUUCUCAUUUUCAGCAAAUUGAAAUCAUUCAUAUUUCGCUUCAUUCGUUCUACAGAGAGCUCACCAACGCGGAUAAACUGCUGGUGAAAGAGGGAAAGUUCAAUUUUGACCAUCCAGAUCAAAUGGACUUUGACCUGCUCGUAUCCACGCUCGAGCAGAUGAUCGCCGGAAAAACUGUUGAAAUUUCACAGUACGAUAUGAUCACCAGCUCCAUGUAAUUCGAGAUUUUCAUUUCCGUUGUGAACUUAUUUCUGUAGGGUCGGCAAGCUUGAGUACGCGCCGGCAAAGGUGAUCAUAAUCGAGGGAAUACUUCUUCUGUACGACGAGCGCGUCCGAAAGCUGCUCUCCACGAAAUUGUUUGUCGAGAAGAACGCAGAGAGCCGGCUCAGAAAUCGGCUCGAGAAGUACAUGUCCGAGUACCACCGCUCGCCGAUUUCCAUCAUCCGACAGUACACCGAAUUUGUGAAGCCUGCUUUCGAAGAAUUCUGCCGACCGACUAAAAAGUUUGCCGACGUUAUCAUUCCACGUGGAGCCGAUAACCACGUGGCCACAGAUCUGAUCGCCAAGAAUCUUCAGGUAAGAGAGCGCGAAACGCAGAGAAAGAGAGAGAUCAUCGCAGGAGUUGUUACUUUCCACCUCGUGACAUUGCAUUCCCAUGCUGCUGUGUGGUGUGGCGUUUUUAUUGAAAUACUGUAAGCCCUCUGUGAGUUGAUGGGUAGCGUUUUAGUUUUGUGAUUGAGUCGCUCAUUCCCCUCUUGUCAGUCGGGAAUCGCACAGAAACGGUUAUUCUGUGCGAGCCUCGAAGAACCAUUUGAGAAUGGGGAAACACGUUUUUCAGGAGACAUUCCGCAAGAUCGUAGUGAGCUCCCGAAACGACGACAGUACCGACGAAGAAGAGAAAGAGAACGACUUCGUGAAGCAGGGAAGUUUCCGCCGUCCCGCCUCCCGUCCCCACUAG